UAGAGACAGAGUGGAGGAAGAGAGAUCGUGUCGCGCAGACGAAAGCAUCCUUAUUGCGACUGGAGGCUGCGGCUGCUUGGUAAAGAGAGAGAAAAUCUCGUAAUAUCAUAAAAGGCCAUUAUUGACGCAGCGCGCGCACCAGCAGCGUCACCGGAGGAGGCAGAGAAACGCGAGCACGUCCUCUUUCAAAGCUGUUUUACGAAGACAGAGUCUGGUCUGGGUGUGGUUGCGGUUGGAGGAUGAGGAUUCUGUUGUGUCUGCUGUCUCUCAGCUUUCUGGCUCUGAGCAACGCAUUGGGUGGGGAUGUGUGUGUGUCGGGUCAUGACAGUGGGCCGGUGUUUGAAGAGCAACCAUCUAGUCUGAUUUACCCAGAGGGGAUGCCAGAAGGCAAGGUGACCCUGAGCUGCCAGGCUCGCUCCAGCCCUGCUGCUGUUUACCGGUGGCGUGUGAAUGGCACUGAAAUAUCAUUUGCUGAAGAGUCGCACUAUACACAGGUCGCAGGAAACCUUGUGAUCAACAACCCUCAGCAUGGGCGAGAUGGCGGCUCGUACCAGUGUCUUGCAAUCAACCGAUGCGGCACUAUUGUUAGCCGUGUUGCUAAUCUCAAGUUCGGCUACCUGCAUGAUUUUCCCCCUGAGAGCAGAAGUCCUCAGACGGUCCAUGAAGGAAUGGGAACAUUUCUUGCCUGCCAGCCACCAGCUCAUUACCCAGCUUUGUCCUAUCGCUGGUUCAUCAACGAGUUUCCCAACUUCAUCCAGCCAGAAGCGGGCAGGUGGUUUGUUUCUCAGGUCACUGGUAACUUGUAUCUUGCUAACGCGAGAGCCAAUGACACGGGCAACUAUUUCUGCUUCACCACCAUCAACAUGGACGUCAGCACCAAGAGCAUCUUCAGCAAAGCCGUCCAGCUCACGGUUCACCCUGAUGCAAGCCUAAGGAAAACCGCUCCAAAUAUCCGAGUGCGUUUUCCCGCUGAGACAUACGCUUUAUCAGGGCAAACCGCACAGCUGGAAUGCUUUGCCUAUGGCAAUCCGAUUCCUAAAAUCCGCUGGAGGAAGGUGGAUGGGAUUUUACCCCCUAAGGUUGGAGCAAGUGUGGAUGGGCCCAUCUUGAUUAUUCCUGAACUGAAUUUUGAUGAUGAGGGCAUGUAUGAGUGUGAGGUUUACAACUCAGAAGGCCGUGAGACUCAUCAGGGACGUGUUUCUGUGCAAGCUCAGCCGGAUUGGCUUCAGGUCAUGAGUGACUCUGAGGUGGAAAUCAGUUCAGAGCUGCAGUGGAGCUGUGCUGCAGCGGGCAAACCCAGACCCACCAUUCGCUGGCUCCGUAACGGACAGGCCCUCAUCACACAGGACCGCGUUGAAGUGAAUAACGGCCGGCUGAAAAUUGCUAAUCUUGCCCUGGAGGAUUCUGGGAUGUAUCAGUGUGUAGCUGAAAACAAACACAGCACCAUUUACUCAAACGCUGAGCUCAGAGUUCAAGUCCAGGCUCCAGACUUCAGGCUGAAUCCAGUGCGGAAGCUGGUUCCUGCUGCCCGUGGUGGACAGGUCAAAAUGGAGUGUAAACCUCGGGCAGCUCCCAAACCCACUCUCUUCUGGAGCCGUGGCACAGAGUUACUGACUAAUAGCACAAGGAUAACCGUGACUCCGGAUGGGAUUUUGUGGAUCUACAACAUCAGUCGCGCUGAUGAAGGAAAGUACACCUGCUUUGCAGAAAAUUACCUUGGCAAGGCCAACAGCACAGGACACCUGUCUGUCAGAGAUGCCACAAAAAUCACACUAGCGCCCUCUAAUGCUGAUAUCAAUCAGGGUGAAAAUGCCACUUUGCAGUGCCAUGCGUCACAUGACCCUACCAUGGACCUCACCUUCACCUGGUCACUCAAUGGAGUUCUGCUGGACCUAGAGGAACCAAACGGACACUAUCGGCGCAUGGAGGGGAAAGAGACGAUCGGUGACCUGGUGAUAGUGAACGGACAGCUCAGUCACGCUGGCACAUACACCUGUACAGCCCAGACGGUGGUGGACAGCGCCAUGGCCUCGGCCAAGCUGGUGGUGAGAGGCCCACCAGGCCCUCCUGGAGGUUUAGUGGUGACUAGUGUGAACGACACAUCGGUUGAGUUGAGAUGGAGCCGUGGGUAUGAUAACCACAGUCCCAUUGGCAAGUAUGUCAUCUUGGGCCGCUCGUCACAGACUCAUGACUGGAAGAGGAUGAGGACAGACCCCGCAAACAUAGAAGGAAACGCUGAAUCUGCACGUGUGAUAGAUCUUCGGCCCUGGAUGGAUUAUGAGUUCCAAGUCAUUGCCAGCAACAUCUUGGGCAGUGGGGAACCAAGCAUGCCUUCCCCGCGUGCACAAACCAAAGAAGCAGCACCAACUGUGGCUCCCAGUGGACUCGGUGGAGGUGGAGGAAACCGCAAUGAGCUUAUUAUUUCAUGGACUCCCAUGGCCAGAGAGUAUCAGAAUGGAGACAGUUUCGGUUAUAUCCUGGCAUUCAGAAAGCAAGGCAUACCAACAUGGACGGUGGUGAAGGUGCCAAACGUGGAGUCCUCUCGAUAUGUUUACAGCAAUGACAGCCUGACAGCGUACUGCCCGUUCGAGGUCCGAAUCAAGGCCUACAACAAGAAAGGAGAAGGGCCCUUCAGCCAGAUUGCUGUAGUACACUCUGCGGAGGAGGAACCUACAGUUUCUCCUCGACGGAUAAAUGCCACUGCUUUGACUGCGUUUGAGAUUCAAGUGUCCUGGGAGCCCAUUCAACACCUCAACAUUAAUGGAAUUCUUCGAGGUUACGAGAUUCGUUAUUGGCGGCAACAUGAACGCGAGGCAGCUGCGGACCGGGUGAGAACAGCAGGGCUGGAAAACACAGCACGGGUCACGGGUCUGAGGCCCAACACUCUCUAUCACAUCACUGUACUGGCCUACAACAGUGCCGGCACUGGUCCAGCUUCACCAAGAACCACUGUCAUCACCAAAAAACCUCCCCCCAACCGCCCUCCAGGUAACGUUUCGUGGAAAGUUGACGGUUCUUGGGUUACUGUGAGGUGGGAUCAUGUUAAAUCCAUGGACAAUGAGUCUGCUGUUCUCGGUUACAAAGUCCUUUACAAACAUGAAGGACAGUCUGCUUUAAAGGUACUGGAGAAAAGCAAGACCUCCGUCAGACUGCCAUUACCCAAGGACAAUGGUUAUGUGGUUCUGGAGAUCCGCUCUUGGGGAGAUGGAGGAGAUGGUGCUGCCCAUGAGACCAUAGUGUCUCGAGACUCAGGCACUGGAAUGAUGGUCCAGAACAGCUCAGGCAAUUGGAGGACCCCCUCCUGGUCUCUUCUGCUGUUCACUGCGCUCGCUCUCUUUGGCUCAUCAGGACUGUGAUGUGGGCAUAUCUUCUGAACGCCACAGAGGAUGGAGCAGGUUUUCCUCAGAAGGGCAGGGCUGGUGGGAGCUGGGGGGUUUUCAUGAGGGAUGAAAUAUGAGGAGUGGAAGAUUCUUUUGUAUAAAAAUGCUUUUUUACAAGAAUGACUGGUCGAUGUGGGAGACUUUUUGAUUGUGUUAUAAUUUUAGACGCUUGCCUUAUGGAAACUCAAACGUGACAGUGGUCAUGUCAACAUUCGGUUGUAGUUUCUAAAAUUCAACAACAACAACAACUCUGUUUGGUGUAUAAACUCAUGGAUGUAUUGUUGACAUUUCCAAACCCUUUUUUUAAACAACUACUUCAUUGCAGGAAGUGGACUGCAAAACGAUCCGAUUAAAUGUUUACGUUUUUUUAUUUAAUCCUUUAAUUUUUCAUUUGUUUGGGUGCCGAGGAAGCAAGGGCGGAUCAUGAAUUUUCUUAACAUUGUUUUGUAUUGGUGUUGAAUGACUGUCGUAGUGUUCUAGUUUUGACAGGUGAAAGGCAGCGGUACAACAGAAGCUCAGUUUUGUUUAGUCGUUAAAGUGGGCUUGCCAAAGUUAUCGCUUUGUUAUCUCACUCAAUAUUAUUGCCUUUAUUCGUUGUCUUUUUUCUCAACGAUUACAUAAAAAUGACGUCCAUAGGUUGAUGCUUUCUUUCUUUCUUAGCACAGUACAAGAGCGAAACACUGGACAUUGAACAAGACCGAUGAUAACACUCAUGGACAAACAUGUUAAUAAUUAUCCUAUAACAUUAUCAUUUAUUAUAAGGUAUUGUUUUCCUCCAAGGACUGAAUGGUGAUUGUGAAUGGCUCAAUCUUUUGGAGGCUGCUUCUUAUGAUGGAAACAUAAUCAUACUUCGGGUGACAAAGGCCAUUUGGCUUAAUGAAUUAGCAUACACGUGUUUCGAUAAUGUGACAUUAGACUGAUUUGAGGGUCCUGGGGUCGAGUGUAUAGCAGUUCCUGACUGUUUGUGACCCCUGGUCUAAAAUCCAGAACUAUAUGUUAGAAGACAUUUGUUUUUUAAAAACCUAUAUAUUUUAUUGUAUUUAUUUUUUUAAGUUUAUUUUAUUUUUAUAUUUUAUCUGAAAUUUAAUUAGCCAAAUAUUUCUUGACGUUUUGACUUGCAGUACUGCGGCAUUACCUAUGAAAGUACAAACGGUGUAGAAGGUCAAAUCUGGCAGUAUUCAAGUUAUUGUGCGGAUGCUGAAUCUCAUUUAAAUCAAGAAGGCCAAAUUUUCACUUAAUUUAAUUAGUGCCUAUUCAACUGCUUUUCUUUAAGAUUCUAACAUCUUUUCUAUUUAAUGUUUGUAUUUAAUU